AUGUUGGAUGACAUCAAUGGGUUGGACAAAAUUCCGAAACACCUUGCCGUAAUGUUCUGGGGAGACAUUAGAGAAGAGACGUUGAUCGAGGCAGCACAGCUAUGUUGUUGGGCUUGGUGUUUUGGAAUAAAGGUGUUGAGUGUAUAUGAGGCAGAAGAAAAGAUCUUACCAUCGAUGCGUGUCACGGCGCUUGAAGAGUCAACAAUAAAUGCGCACCUGGAAAGCGAAGAUUUGGGUCAACCAGACUUACAGGUAAAUUUGGUUUCACGCGAGGACGGCCGGAUGCGCAUAGUGGAAACGACGAAAAGUCUGGCCAACGACGUAAUACAAGGAAGAUUUAAGAGUGAUGAUUUGGAUAUCGGAGAAUUGAAUCGGCGACUCAGCGCUACCACCUCGGAAAAUCCUGACAUGAUUUUAUCGGCUUCCCGUGACAAAACAAUCAUCCUCUGGACCUUAUCCCCUCAUGACAAUGAUACUUAUGGCGUUCCGCGCAAGGUGCUCACCGGUCACAAUCAUUUCGUGCAAGAUGUGGUCAUCUCAUCCGACGGUCAGUUUGCAUUGUCCGCUUCUUGGGACAAAACUCUCCGUCUUUGGGACUUGAAUACGGGUACGACCACCCGUCGGUUCGUGGGUCACGAUAAAGAUGUGCUUUCCGUAUCCUUUUCGCCCGAUAAUCGUCAGAUCGUGUCAGGAUCAAGAGAUAAGACCAUCAAAUUAUGGAAUACACUUGGUGAAUGUAAAUAUACCAUUCAAGAAGAUGGUCAUUCGGACUGGGUAUCCUGUGUGAGAUUCUCACCUAAUCCUUCAAAUCCUGUGAUUGUAUCAUGUGGUUGGGAUAAUUAUGUCAAGGUCUGGGAGCUUACCAAGUUCAAGAUUCGAACCAAUCACAUUGGGCACACCGGAUAUAUCAACACUGUCACUAUUUCUCCCGAUG